AUGAAUGAUCCUCUUGAAGAAGCAAUUACAAAUUCAAAUAAUAAUGUACAUAUACCUACAAACAAAGAAAUUGAAGACACAAUAAAUUAUGGUGAAGUUAAGAAUACUACUCACAAUACAAGAUUCUGGUUGAAAGUUCUAACAUCUGUUAGAACAAAAAUGGGAUACAAUUAUGACAUUAGUGAAAUUGUUGUUAUAAAUCAGUUACAAGAAGAAUUGAUUCAAUUUUUUCAAGUGUUAAACAAAAAAGACAAAUCACCAUAUGCAUCAAUAUCAAUAAAAAAUUGCUUUGCUGCUAUACAUAGACUUCACAAACAUUUAGAUGGCAAAAUUAAAAAAAUACAAGAUUUAAGCAUAAUCAAACAGAAAAAAUCUGACUCACUCAAAUAUGAUGAAAUUUACCAAAUUUUAACACAUCCUGAGUUAAACAAAGGCACACCAUUAUCCAUCACUUAUAAAACCUAUUUUUGGUUAUGUUUCUUGUGUGGUUUUUGUGGUGGAGAUGCUCAAAGAUUAAAAUUGGCAAAUGUGGAAUUAGCAGCUAUUAAUGGACUGACAAUUACAAUUCCUUGUGGAAAAAACAAUGCUGGCUAUAGUUUGCUGAAAAUCUCUAUAAAAAACUGUAAUAAUGUUCAAAUAAAUCUUCAAAAGAUUAAAUUUUUAAUGUUUAUAAUUGAUUCAUGA